UCACCUUAUGUUUUACCAGGCAACUUUGCCAACAUUCACCGAUUUCAACCUUCUGCUCCAACGGCAAUGCUUCUCCGUACAUCUUUUGCACAAACAGAUGCAUUUGUACAUCCGGAAGCUUAUGAGCAAGUUCAUGAAACCUGAGAAAAUCAAGGACAUCAGAGUGUCAGACAUCCAGUACAAAGCAGAGGAGAACCAGCUGCCUGACAGCAAGCUCACUAUUGGGUUUACUACUCGCGGGACAUUAAACCGACUGUUGGAAGGUGGCGACAUCAGUGAAACGCAGGUUAAAAAGUUCCUUGGUGGUGUAAGGAGCUUCUUCUGUGAGGCAGUUUCAUACGCCCUCUCACGUCUCCCCCUUGAUGAGCCGGUCCUACAACAUGCUACCUUCGUUGACUGGCACCAGAAGAUGGAAGCGUCAAUUGAUGAUGUGCUCUUCUUCAUUGACAGGUUCCAGCAUCUACUGCCGUUUAAUAGUCCACAAGAUCAGGACAAGGUGCAAGAAGAGUUUACGGACUAUCAGAUGAUGGAUGAGGUGUCUUCCAGGCAGUGGAAGGAGUUUACUUCUACAGAUGCAGAAGCUGAAUUUCUUAGAAUUGACAAGCUCUGGGUCCACCUUUCUUCGCUGAAGAACGAGGUAACUGGGCAGCCGAGGUUCUUGAGGCUCGCGAAGGUGGCUCAGCUGGUGCUCUGUCUUCCCCACAGCAAUGCUGAUGCUGAGAGGGUUUUUUCGUCCAUCGGUCUAAACAAGACAGACACCAGGAAUGCCCUCCACUUAAAUGGAACGCUCAGCUCCAUCAUGACAAUCAAGAUGGCAGCAUCGGAGCCCCGUUGCAGGUUUGAACCACCAGCAGAGGUACUGAGGGCAUCGCGGAGCGCAACCUCCAGUUACAACAAAUCCCACUAGACUAACUGGAUGAGAGGAAAAAGUAAAUGGCUUUGCUAAUUGACACCCAGUAUGGACAGACAUCAUAAUGAUCACUUGUUCUAGUAUCAUCUUGGGAAGCUGCAGCCCAGCCUUGCUUUAAGUUUGAGCUACCAGCAGAGAGUAAGGUCAUCCUGAAAUGCAAAUUAUCUCAAGAUUAACUGGAUGAGAGGUAUACUUAUUUUUAAGAAUGAAUGACACCCAGUAUGGACAGACAUCAUAAUGAUCACUUGUUCUAGUAUCAUUUUGGGAAGCAGCAGUCCAGCCUUAUCUCAAGAUUAACUGGAUGAGAGGUAUACUUAUUUUGAAGAAUGAAUGACACCCAGUAUGGACAGACAUCAUAAUGAUCACUUGUUCUAGUAUCAUCUUGGGAAACAGCAGUCCAGCCUUAUCUCAAGAUUAACUGGAUGAGAGGUAUACUUAUUUUGAAGAAUGAUUUAUUUAUUUUUAGUAUUUGUUAUAUAUUCAUUAUAUAUCUAUUUAUUAAUUUUUAUAUUAUUUUUAUAUAUUAUAUAUCUAUUUAUUAUUUUCAGUAUGCAUGUUCCUGUUGAGUGAGGAUUUGUCCAUUUUGUUACAGAUAAUCAUAGGUUGAGGUUCAACUGCUAAGCUUAUAAAGAAAGUUGAUUUGGAAUAAUGCACUUACAAAUGUGGAAGUUUGUAUUUUUUCAAGGUCAGUGUACUUCAUGAAAUCAAUUAACCUAUUUGAAUCCUGCCUUAUGUAUUUGUGGAAUCAGGGUUAAAGUAUGCACCAGAUUGCACCAUUUCAAUUGCAAAAUUGUAAAAGCUCCCUACCGUGGAAGGGGGGACACCCCCCUUCCACACCAUCCCCCCCUCGGGCGCUUCGCGCCCUCGGGCUUGGUCGCUCCGCUCCCUCGCAUUGUCUCACUCCAAACUCUUUCCAAAGGUUGGCAGCC